UCCCGGGAUGUUAGAGGCGCUCAGGGCGGCAGCAGAGCAGACGCCGGGCUGCGCGCUGGGAGCUGCGGUCUCCGGCCAUGGCCCCCGCUCCGCCCCCCGCCGCCUCCUUCUCGCCCUCCGAGGUCCAGCGGCGCCUGGCGGCCGGCGCGUGCUGGGUCCGCCGCGGGGCCCGCCUCUACGACCUCUCCAGCUUCGUGCGGCACCACCCGGGGGGCGAGCAGCUGCUGCGGGCCAGGGCGGGCCAGGACAUCAGCGCAGACCUGGACGGGCCGCCGCACAGGCACUCGGCCAACGCGCGCCGCUGGUUGGAGCAGUACUACGUGGGAGAGCUGCGCGGGGAGCAGCAGGGCUCCAUGGAGAACGAGGCUGUAGCCCUUGAGGAAACUCAGAAGACAGAUCCUGCUAUGGAACCACGGUUCAAAAUGGUGGAUUGGGACAAGCGAAAACCCAGAUGCUCUGCAAAGCCCUCCUCGCCUACCGUGACCUGGGCAUUUGUACCAGCCAUUCUGCCUCUGGAUCUCAGCCUGCUUUGUGUCUCCACUAAACUAUCCUUGCUUGGCAUGCCACAUCUCAUUGAGCACUUAAUGCAGGACCUGGUGGACUGGCAAAAGCCUCUCCUGUGGCAGGUGGGCCAUCUGGGAGAGAAGUACGAUGAGUGGGUUCACCAGCCGGUGACCAGGCCCAUCCGCCUCUUCCACUCAGACCUCAUUGAGGGCCUCUCUAAGACUGUCUGGUACAGUGUCCCCAUCAUCUGGGUGCCCCUGGUGCUGUACCUCAGCUGGUCCUACUACCGAACCUUUGCCCAGGGCAACGUCCGACUCUUCACGUCAUUUACAACAGAGUACGCGGUGGCAGUGCCCAAGUCCAUGUUCCCUGGGCUCUUCAUGCUGGGGACAUUCCUCUGGAGCCUCGUCGAGUACCUCAUCCACCGCUUCCUGUUCCACAUGAAGCCCCCCAGCGACAGCUAUUACCUCAUCAUGCUGCACUUCGUCAUGCACGGCCAGCACCACAAGGCACCCUUCGACGGCUCCCGCCUGGUCUUCCCCCCUGUGCCAGCCUCCCUGGUGAUCGGCGUCUUCUACUUGUGCAUGCAGCUCAUCCUGCCCGAGGCAGUGGGGGGCACUGUGUUUGCGGGGGGCCUCCUGGGCUACGUCCUCUACGACAUGACCCAUUACUACCUGCACUUCGGCUCGCCGCACAAGGGCUCCUACCUGUACAACCUGAAGGCCCACCAUGUCAGGCACCACUUUGCACAUCAGAAGUCAGGAUUUGGUAUCAGCACCAAAUUGUGGGAUUACUGUUUCCACACCCUCACUCCAGAGAAACCCCACCCGAAGACGCAGUGACAACUCCCACCCCCUCCGUCCUGCCCUCAGCCCGGCCCUGGCCCCUUCCCGAGCCCCACCCGCCAUCCAGACCCCAUUAAGAAGGUUGGCUUGGCCAGGCAGGAUGGUCUCUGUCCGGCCCUGCAGCCUAGUGGAAGGUGCUGAGGGGGCCCUGAGGCAGGACCACCCUCCUGACCCCUAGUAGGAGGGUCACAUCCACUUGGUGGCCAGGUGGCCCUUGGUGACCCGCUUCUUCCUGGAGCGUCCCUGCCUAGAGCUCGGCCCACAGGACUGCUUCAGGACCUGGCCACGGGUAGCAGCCACAAGGGGAAAUGAAGAAAACUGACCCCUCGUGGCCACCUGUGUCACCCUUGUGCCUUAGCAUCAUGGGCUGCGUAGGAGCUGCCUGCACAGCACAGCUCCGCAUUCACAGUCAGAAGUGGGUCUGUGGGACCUGUGGUCCCUGUCCUCCCUGCUGUCCUUUCUGGGGAGGCUUUGGUGGCUCUGAGGUGGACAAAGAGCUCUUGCAAGAAGAGACAGCAUGAUGCCUCCCACAGUCCACCCCAGACCCUGGAGCAGCCCCUCUGGCCCUGCCAGCUGCCUGUGUCGUUGGGCCCAGGGUGGCUGGCAGGAGUCCCAGCUGCUUGCUUUAGGACCUGGCAGCUUCUCUAGCCGUCCCUCUCCUGCCUCCAGAAUCACAGCCUUUCUCCCCCGGGGAGGCUGAGGAGGCUUCUCCACCAGUGGCAGCCCCACCCCGUCCCCAGCCAUUCUUGGCCUCCACCCCGCUCAGCCCCCAACUCGGGCCCUCCCAGAAGGAGCCACCUCUCAGUGCCUCACCUCCCCCUGCCUCCCAGCCUCCGCAGAUAAGGUUCCUGCCCCUUCCUCCUCGUAACCAAAACCCUCACUGCUCCCAGGACGGUCUUAUUUAUAAGCCAGAUACGUGUUCUUAGUCUGGUCCCAGACCAAGGAGCUGGUCAGACGGCCUUUUCUAAUCCUACAUGUUGAGCUUAUGUAAAAAAUGUUGUUUCCUCCUGUUUUUGGUUCCUUUCUUACCCACAAACCAUUACUACUUGAAACUUAAAAAACUCGCCAAGUGUAAAGGCUAAAGAGAAGCAGUUUGACGGACCUUGUGAUUUGUACUGUUUGCUGCGGAGCUAUUUAAAGAUUUUGGAAUAAAUAUACAAAACUACGGUUGUGAAAUAAAAACUUAAAUUGUAUAUUUUGAAAAAUAAAACACUGAAAAGAAACCAACAAAAA